UGUUGACUAGGGUUGCUAGUUAAUGCUACACACAGCUUACCGAAUUUUCUUUAAGUCAAAGGUUAAAUCAAAAAGGCGCCGAGGGCACCAUUUUAUUGUUGUCGCUACUGCACACUUCAAAAUGCCUUAACACCUCCCUACUUUUGGGAUACAACUCGCCUAAUAAUGUUGGUAUUUACUGUGACAAGCUAAUGAAGCUAGCUUUUUUGCUAGCCAGGAAGACUUGACAUCUCAGCGUUGGCUUUCUAUCAGCUAACACAGGCAGCAUAGGAGCUAACUUAAAGAGAGCUCCAGAUGCGGCUAAAAGACCCCUUUUCUUUGAAAGCCGCCGAUAUGACUAAGCGGACUAAUAAACCAAGGAAACCUCGAGAUGAGGAGUCCUCCGAUGAAGUCAGUGGACUGACAUGCCAACAUGUGAACAAAGCGGUGGAUCUGAGCUCAGUAAAGAAGUCGGUCCUCUCGAGUGUGUGGUUGGUGUGCUCUGAGUGCCUGAAGGAAAGGACAAUGAUCGAUGGAGAGCCAGCAGCAUCCAAUGACAUCCUGGUGUGCCUGAAGUGUGGUUUUCAAGGCUGCAACCAGUCAGGGAUCCAGCACGCUGUCAGGCAUCACCAGACUUCACAUACAGAGUCACACUGCAUUACUAUCAGCCUCAGCACGUGGAAGGCCUGGUGCUUUGAAUGUAAUGAGGAGCUCUCUACUCACUGCAACAAGAAAGCUUUAGCACAGACCCUCGAUUUUCUUCAAAAGCACUCUACCAAGGCAGCAUCAGUAGCAUCACCGAAGACCAUCAAGCUGCGAGAGGAACCAUCAGAUUAUGCUGACCCACACAAAGGGAAAAGUCCAGGCAUCAACAGCACUUUGGUCCCUGUUAAAGGAAUAAAUAACCUUGGUAACACCUGCUUCUUCAAUGCUGUGAUGCAGAACCUGUCCCAGACACACAUGCUCAUUGACCUCAUCCAUGAAGUGAAGGAGAAAGGUUACAAGCUGAAGAUCUGUCCACCUGUCGAGACAAAUCUGAUUCCUCUGACGAUUGCGUUGCCUGGUCCAGAGCCGCUGACUGCAGCCAUGUUCCUCUUCCUGCAGAGCAUGAAGGAGCUGGGGAAAGGCCCCAUCAAUCCAAAAAUCCUCUUCAACCAACUCUGCCAGAAAGCUCCACGCUUCAAGGGCUACCAACAACAGGACAGUCAGGAGCUUCUGCACUACUUACUGGACUCUAUACGAGUCGAGGAAACCAAAAGGGUGAAAGCUGGCAUUUUGAAGGCUUUCAACAAUCCCACAGAGAAGACAGCAGAUGAGGAAACCAAACGCCAAGUCAAAGCAUAUGGAAAAGAAGGAGUGAAGAUGAACUUUGUCGACCGCAUCUUUGUAGGCGAGCUUACCAACACAAUUAUGUGUGAAGAGUGCGAGCAUAUCUCCACAGUAAAAGAAGCCUUCAUAGACAUCUCUUUACCCAUCAUAGAGGAGAGGAUAUCAAAACCAUCCAACCCUGGUCGGCUAGUAAAGAGCAGCCGUGAGCAGGACAUAAACACAGUUCACAAUGAGCAGGUUCAUUCUGCGUCACACACUGUCAACAAAAACACCCGGAAACUCAGGGGGCAGAAACAGCUGAGCAGGAGGUCCUCCAGCUCCGUGGAGGAGAAGGGAGCCGGCUGUGGUGCAGAGCGAACGGAGGAGGAGGGGGUCACUGGCGGAUCAGCUCGUGGCGUCUCGGUUUGUAAGAUGGCGGCUGCUGGCAGCCUAUCAGACGGCAGUGAAAGAGACUCUGGCGCUCAAGACAGCAGCAAUGACGCUGACAGCGAGGCCUCCGAGAGCGAGUGGGCCCCGCGCGCCUCCAGCCACAGCCACGGACAUACAUCCACUCCCUCCUCUGCUUCCACACUCACUCCAUCCCCUACGCCUGUUUCUUCCUCCUCUCCUUCAUCGUCAUCCUCCACCAGACAGUGUGGCGCGGUAGAGCAGCUGGUUUCUGGGGUUUCUAAAGUCAACCUGGGCUUCACUUCUGGGGACAACUCUGCUGCCGCCCACUGUUCUCCAGAGGAGCAGGGAGAAACUCACACCCGAGAAAACCUCCACCACCUACACCACCAGGGAGCCUUCCAGGCUCUGUCACACAGCUACACUCCCAGCUCCAAGGAGUGCUCCAUCCAGUCCUGCCUCCACCAGUUCACCUCUGUGGAACUGCUGAUGGGCAACAACAAGCUGCUUUGUGAGAGCUGCACCGAACGCAGGCAGAAGCAGCUGCGCAAGAGCACCUCAACAGAAAAAAAGGUGGAGAAGAUUUACACCAGUGCUAGGAAGCAGAUGCUGAUAUCCUUGCUGCCUCCUGUCAUCACGUUGCAUCUAAAACGCUUCCACCAGGCAGGGAUGAACCUCCGAAAGGUGAACCGCCAUGUUGACUUUCCUCUGAUCUUGGAUUUGGCUCCGUUCUGCUCUGCAUCCUACAAGAACCUGGCAGCCGGUGAGCGCGUCCUGUACAGCCUUUAUGGGAUUGUUGAGCACAGUGGCUCAAUGCGUGGAGGCCACUACACUGCAUAUGUUAAAGUGCGUGCGCCCCAGAGGAAAACAGAACAGCACCACAAGAACCUGUCAGGUGCGAGGGAUGCCGGCAGCAGCUCCCAGGGCCAGUGGGUGUACAUCAGUGAUACCACAGUUCAGACAGUACCAGAGUCCAGGGUACUCAACUCUCAGGCAUACCUGCUCUUCUAUGAGGAAAUUCUCUAAUGUGACCAGUGACUUUUUUUUUUCUUACAUAUCUGUUUUGUUGGGUUUUUUUUGGGUGAAGAACCUCCUGCUUCUCUCACUGUAUCUGUAAAAAAAAAAGAAGAGGCAAAAAACAAGGGAAAUACCUAAAUACAUGAAUUCAUACUUUGAAAAAUCUACAUGUAAGAAAAAAAGAGAGAUUUUAAAAUUUUGCUUUUUUUCCUUAUUUAUUGCCCAGAUUUUCCUUCAUGUUUCCACAUUUAAAAAAGAUGUCAAUAGAAAAGAGUUAUUGAAAUUUAGCUUUUCAAUAUUUAUAAUUUAACUUAGUCCCAGUCAUGUCUAAGAUUUAAACUGCAUGAUGGAGUUUGCUACAAAUAACUAGAAACAAGCAGAAUAAUCGCAUGUCGAACCGCAUUCAGCACUGACUAGUUCAUGUCAGUCACGUCUGUGUGUGUGUGUGUGUGUGUGAGAGAGAGUGUGAGAGCGUUAAAGACUGGUGAAUGUAGCUCAAAGGUGCUACGUGUAUCAGUUAGACCUUUUACAGUUAUGAGCUAACUGCAGUUAUUUAAGUUUAUCAUCAUUUCCAAUCACCCUCAUAUCAGCAGCUGGACACGUAUAUCAUGCCCAUCAGUAUAAUACAAGUUGUUUUCCAAAGUUUGAGGUUUGUUUGGCACUUUUUAAAGUUGUCAUCUGGAUGUCCCCCUCUGCUGUGUUUUCAUGGCACCUGAGUGAAGAGUUGAUGCUAACAGCUGUAAUUCUGGAGGUGUUAACUACCAGUUUAGCUGUAAAACCAAGCUGUGGAAGAGGAGAUUGUGUUGAAUUUACAACAGAAAAGUGGUUAUUAAAGAUGUUUAUACCUUUGAUAAUUAAUCCAUCAUCAGACUUUGUACUUUAUUAGUAGCACAAAGUGAACAAAAAACACAAUUAAAUUUCUAUUUUUCCAGUAUUCCAGUAUAAUCAUCAAAUACAUUUUUUGACCGUGACAGUUUUUGUCCAAUAACACUUGGAUAUAAACUGUGUUAUGCUGAAUCAGAGUUGGUUGUGUGGUUGUAUCACUGGCAGAAACAUCGAAGGCCUUUGAGAGAGGAAUGAAUUCAGAUGUUGGCUCUGACUACAAGCUGAAAAGCCUGUAUGAAUGUUUUGUUUUGUAUUAUUAUUUAUUCUUACAUUUGAGAAACUCCACUAUCACCAAGCUCCACAGCUUUAUUUGACUAGCAACUAUUUAUAUAAUAAUUUAAUGAGACGCAGCAAUAACAGCUAACUGUGGUUUAUCAUUGCAAACUGCUGCACAUGGCACCUUUCAAGAGAAGCACAGCAGUGAAUUUACAGCUUAGUGUGUGUGUGUGUGUGUGUGUGUGUGUUUUUCUUUCUAACAUCAGAAUGUAUUCAUGUUAGACUAUCAGUCAGAUGCAUUUGCCAAAGACGGGUUUUGCAACUGUAGGUCCCGGCAGAAAUGACUUUAUUCAGAUUUUCUUCACUUGCCGCUCUUUCGAGGUUAUCAGUAUAAUAAAGUUUAUCCACACAAACAAACAAUGUUUAUCGAACCAACAAAGCACCAUGUCUGCCUUCUCUGUAAGUGCACACAGAAAAUCAACACCACAGCAGAUGUUUAAACCCUGAAUGCUAUCAACAAGAUGGAAGGAAAUAAGAAAUAUUUUAUUUCUAACAUAAUAAAUUUAAAGUUUUUAAGCCUGAUGAAAAAAAUUCGCUGGGGUUAAUGUACCAUUGAAUGUAUUGCCUGUUGCAGAAAACAUCUUUUUCAUCUUUUUCUAUAAAAAUGUUUUCCAUCGAGUUUUUUUCUUUUUUUCUUGCUUACUAUACAGUUGCCAAACAGUAAUUCAACAGUUGGAUUUGAGCCUUGAGGGUUUGUUAGUUUGUUUUUUCUAAACAAGGAUGCAUUCAGUGCCUCAGCUUCAGGAUGAAGAACCCUGUGCAUGGUAAAGACAACAUGUGGAGUACAAUGUAAAGAGGGAUCUGUGUACUUAAUUUAUGUACAGUAUAGCUUACUGUAAGCAAAAUAUAUAUAUAUAUAAUAUGGACUAUAUGUUAUUGUAUAUACUAGAAACAAGAGAAACUUUUGGUGCUUAAUGCGUGAAGAGUUUUGUUCCCAGAAAUUGAUAUUUAAAUUCUGUUAUGCUCUAACAAACAUUUGGAAUGAUUAUAAAACAUACUGUAUCAGAAUAAAUCAGAUUUUUGAGUUCA